UUGAAAUUAUAAAUAAACUAACCGCUAACAUUAAAGUAGCUGCCAACAUGGGUGCCUACAAGUACAUGGAGGAGCUCUACAAGAAGAAGCAGAGUGACCUCAUGAGGUUUCUUCUGAGAGUCAGGUGCUGGCAGUUCAGACAGCUCGCUGCUAUUCACCGAGCCUCCAGACCAACUCGCCCAGACAAGGCCCGCAGACUUGGAUACAAGAACAAGCAGGGAGUCUGUAUCUACCGUACUCGAGUCAGGAGGGGAGGACGUAAGAAGCCCGUCGCUAAGGGUAUCUGCUACGGCAAGCCCAAAACUGCUGGUGUAAACCAACUUAAAUUCCAGAGAUCUAUCCAGUCUGUUGCUGAAGAGAGGGUUGGACGUGCCUGUGGUGGUCUCCGUGUCCUCAACAGCUACUGGGUGGGACAAGACGCCGUAUACAAAUACUACGAGGUAAUCUGUGUUGACCCACAACACAAGGCAGUCAGACGUGACGCCAGACUCAACUGGAUAUGUAACGCCGUACACAAACAUCGUGAAUUGAGAGGACUCACAUCCGCUGGUCGCAAGAACAGAGGAGUCGGCAAAGGACACAGACACGCCAAGGUCAUCGGCAGUUCAAGACGUGCUAACUGGAAGCGACGAAACACUCUUUCCCUUCGACGAUAUCGUUAAUUUAUUAAGGAUUUUUUUAUCUAAUGAA